AUGAAUUCUAUACAAGCAAUCGCUUGUUUAAACCUGUAUAAACUUAAAUGCGAGGCGGGUCGUAGUAAAUGUAAACUCUCAUUACUACGCCGUCGACGACAAUUUAAAAAAAAAAUGAUGUACCUUCAAAUGACUUUAGAAAUAAAUAAUCAAUUCAUGUACAAUAUGAUUACUUUUAAUUUGAAUCAUAUGAGUAGAAGGAUGUGGAUGAAGAACAGACGCUCCGAUUUUUGGGACAGGAUAGUAAACAGCAACUUUGAAGAAGAAGAUUGGCUCGAAAAUUUCAGAAUGAGUAAAGAAACAUUCCAAUUAAUGUGUUUCAAGUUGAAUGAUUUUCUUAAACCAUCUGAAAAUGCUGUACGUCAACCAUUGAGUGUAGAGAAAAAAGUGGCUAUUGCUUUAUACAAAUUGGCAUCAUGUGCAGAAUAUAGGGUGGUUGCAAGUUUAUUUGGUGUUCAUAAGAGUUCUGUGCAUAAUUGUGUGUAUGAUGUUUGUAUUGCUAUUAUUGAGGUACUUGGUCCAUCUUAUUUAAAAAUGCCUUCAGUGGUAGAAGCAAUAGCUUUGGCUGAAUCAGUAGAAAAAGUAACUGGAAUGGUACAAAUUUUCGGAGCUAUAGAUGGAACACAUAUACCUAUAUUACCACCUACUAAUGGAUAUCGUGAUUUUGUCAAUCGUAAAGGUUGGCCAUCUAUAGUUAUGCAAGGUAUUGUUGAUUGUAAUUAUUUGUUCAGAGAUAUAACAGUAAAGCACCCAGGUUCUGUUCACGAUGCUACUGUUUUAAAAGACUCCAAUAUAUUUAAACAGUCUAAAGAUAAAUUACCAUAUCAUUGUCGCAUUAUAUCUGAUUGCUCUAUUCAACUGAUGUUAGCUGGAGACCCUGCUUAUCCUUUAUUACCUUGGUUGCUAAAGGGUUACACAGGAGCUCUUACACCAGAGGAAGAGUCAUUUAAUACUUACCUAUCAUCUGCAAGAAUUUGUGUUGAAAAUGCUUUUGGCCGUUUGAAAGCUAGAUGGAGAGUGUUGUUGAAAAGAGCUGAUAUUAAUUACAAAUUCAUGCCUAGUAUAGUACAUAGUUGUGUCAUAUUACACAAUAUAAUUGAAACUUCAAAAGAUAAUUUCAAUCCAUGCUGGUUAAGAUCUGUCAAUGAAGUUAAUAUUGAAAGACCACAACCUCGACAAGUAACAGUUACUCGGGCUGAACCACAAGCAAAGGAUAUUCGUGAAGUCUUAAAAAACUAUAUGUAUAAUAACUAUCCAUUAAGACAAUCAUCAGUACAAAAUUAUGUAAGACAUACGGUUUAA